AUGUAAUUAUUACCAAAAAAUUAACCAACAUUAACAUAUUAGCUUAUUAAAAAGUGUGAAAAGCGAAGUUCCAUAACAUUUAAUUUAAAAUUUCCAUAAAUUAAGAUUUACUAGAGCAACUUUAUUUUUAGAGGUAUAACCACUGACACUAAGAGAAAAGUAAUUCUGUAGUCUAUAAACUAAAUGAGCUUAAAGCCUAAAUUAUGGUUGAAUGAUGUCAAUCUUGUUUCAGUUGUAUAGUAAAUUAUUGAUUUCAUUAAGAAUUUAGUAAGAGCACUAAUACCAAGGCAGUUUAUCUUUCCUACAAAUUAAAUUCUGCCUUUAUAGUUGCUUUCUGAUAAAAAAUAGGAUGGGUGAAAAGUUAUUAGACAUUUUUUUAGAGUUGACUCAUACAUCUGACAGCCCGUAAACUUGCAUUUAUUCUGACCUUAAUGUUACAAAUGAUUUUGGAGAUUAGAAGGCUUUAGAUUAUUACUAGCCAAAUGCAAUGACAUAUGCAUUAUUUAUUCUAGACCAAAAAUAAUGA